UUUUGGUAAAAUAACAGUUGACGCAGUCGAAAAAAAUAAAUAAAAAAUAAAAAUGAAGCCCACCUCAUGAGCGAACCACUCCACCAUCACCACCACCACCAUCACCAUUGGCGCCGCCUCAGUCCCAUAUUCCACUUUCUCUCUCCUCUCUCCUCUCUCCUCUCCAAUGUCGUCCUCUCCCGAGCCCACCGGUAAGAAGCCCCAACCCAUCCCCUGGACCCACGAGGAGACGGUCCAUCUGAUCGAAGCCUACCAGCAGAAAUGGUACUCCCUCAACCGCGGCCAGCUCAAGUCCCCCCAGUGGGAGGAGAUCGCCGUGACAGUCGCCGCCCGCUGCGGCUACGACUUCUCCCACCCAUCCUCCAAGUCCGCCCUCCAAUGCCGCCACAAGAUGGAGAAGCUCCGCCAGCGCUUCCGCUCCCACUCCCACCGCCUCGGCCCCUCCUCACCCUGGCCCUACUUCGACCUCAUGGACCGCCUCCUCCGCGGCCCGUUCCCCAUCUCCGCCCGCCCCAUGGACUACGACGACGAAGACCAACCCUGCCACGCCGCCGCCUACGAACCAGAUCUUGAUCAUCGCGAUGUCCAUCAUGAUAACGACGACGACGACGAUGAUGAGAGCUCUUACACCAAGUCUCGGAGCAUCAAUUACAUACUCCGGCAGCCGACGAUCGUGAAUCGGUUCGCCGUCGGGGAAGAGAAAUUGGGGAUCGGAGGGAGAUGCGCCGAUGACGGAGUUCAUAGAGUUUUCUGGGAGGAGCCGGCGGCGAAGAGGGCGAGGAAUGACGGUUGUGAUGUGGAGAGGGAGAAGGGGAGAGAAUCUGAGUCGGUGCUGAGACUGGCGAAGGAGAUUAGGGCAUUCUCGGAACGGAUUGUGGGGAUGGAGAGUAUGAAGAUGGAGAUGAUGAAGGAGACGGAGAGGUGUAGGAUAGAGAUGGAGAGCAAGAGGAUAGAGAUGAUCAUUCGGUCACAGCACAAGAUUGUGGACUCCAUUGCUAGGGCUUUUGGGUCCUCGUCGCCUAAUCGGUUGAGCGUCACGAAAGCAGAGAGUUGAACUUGAAGAAAGGUCGAGUUAUGGCGGGUUUACCAGAGAAGUUUUGAUGGACAUGUAUCUUCAACGACAGUUGAAGCAAAAGCUUUACUUGAUGAAGUGCUAAAUCUCCGUCUCCAGGUGUUGGGCGAUGAAAGAUUGCAUUAAUGGUGGUUCAAGCUUUGAAGAUUUCUAAUUCAAUUCGAACAAAGUUCUGUUACAUUCAUCCAAUUUGAACUGCUAGCAGCUCACUUUGGCUAAAUUUUGCCCCUAGGUUGGAUGAUGUAUUAGUUUGGUAGGAGGAAUCUCCUCCAUCUACUUUAUUCUGUUAUUGUAUCAGAUGCUCAAUUCUAAU